AUCAUAAGGCUGAAAAAUGAUUAGUCAUCCCUCCGCCCAAAACACAAACAUACACCCGCUUCCGCCCCUGGCUUGUUAUAGUAGGCUGCAAUCUGAGCAGGUGAAGUUCCAGAAAAAAACUCGCUCCUGUCCGGCAGUGACUACCGAAAUCUUCCCCAGAACGAUGAAUGUGAGGAGAGUACAAAAGACAGUUCUGAGUGUGGAACAGGAAGAGGGGCUCGGCGCUCGGGUCCGCAGGAGCAUUGGGAGAAAGGAGCUGAGGAACCUGGAUCCUUUUUUGAUGCUGGAUGAGUUUAGAGUGAGCAAGCCAGCGGGAUUUCCAGACCAUCCUCACAGAGGAUUUGAGACGGUAACAUAUCUUUUAGAGGGGAGCAUAGCUCAUGAAGACUUUUGCGGCCAUUCAGGACGACUGAAAUCUGGAGAUCUGCAA